CUUUUCUUCCAUUCAUUCUACUUCUCGUUGGCUCGCUCUUUGACUUCGAUGCACCGCGUGGCGCACCGCACUCUCACUGCAUCGUCACUCUACCGACCGUCAUCAUCAUCAUCACCAUCACCAUCAUCAUCCUCAAUAGGAUCAUCAUUGACAGGAUUGCACCGCCGUCCACUCUCCAGCAGAGCCAGCACAAUGUCGUCCCAGUCAACCAGUCGCUCCAAUGCUGCUCCAGCUCCAGCUCCAGCUCAAGUGGCGCCUGUGCUGCCAUUCCUCACCCAAGCCGAAACCACAAAGCUCAAGUUCACAAUGCGACCCGAGCUGCUGAGCCCGGAGCUCGCGUCAAAGUACGUCCACCUGGGUCUGGACGAAGGAACCGCGGCCUUCCUUGAGGAGAGCUACAACCUGUAUGGCUCGAUGGUUCGCCACUACUUUCACUCGCUGGUGAUGGCCGUGCUGCGCCCUGUGCUCUCCAUGACGGGCGUCAACGGUCUCCUGCUCCGUGGCCAGAUGCACGUCGCAUCCACCGAGCAGUUUGCCAAGCUGCUGACACGAUCGUACACGGGCACCACUGCACAGUCAAACUUCCCUGCAAUCACUGCUCCGUCAAGUGCUGCUGGUGCUGAUGCUGAUGCUGUUGGAGGCGCGUCGGGAUCGUCAGUGCACCUCGAUGUUGAUCGCAAUAGCGCUCGUAUUCCGCACUUUGGAACGUUGCUCGACAUUGGUGCCGGCGAUGGCAACGUGACCGCUCGUCUGGCUCCGAUGUUUGCUUCUGUUACCACAACGGAAGCUUCUGCCGUCAUGUCCUGGCGCCUGGCACAGCGUGGCUUUACAUCAAUCAACACACUGGACUUGCACUCGGAUCCGCGUUUGUUGGGUCCUUUUGAUGUCAUUUCGUGCCUGAACGUGCUGGAUCGCUGCGAACGGCCUCGCACACUGCUGCAAGACAUUCGCUCCCGCCUUACCCCCAAGACGGGUCGUGUUAUUUUGGCGAUUGUGUUGCCAUUCCGCCCUUAUGUUGAGUUUGCUUCCACACCAGAAGGACGACAAAACAAACCCGUCGAAACAGUCCAGUUGACUGGCGUUUGCUUCGAGCAGUGGGCAGAGGAGCUGAUCCACCAACUAAUUGAGCCCGCGGGCUUCACCGUGGAGGCCAUGGGACGGUCGCCAUACUUGUGCCACGGCGAUUUGUACCGCAAGUAUUAUGUCUUGGAUGAUUUGUUGCUCGUGUUGCGACCAAGGGAUUGAUUGUUAAGCGCUGGUCGCGUUUUUUGUUGUCGAAUUUUGUCAUGAACAACAAAAGAAUUCUUCAUGCUUA